GUCAGUCCCUGGUUGAAGCGGGUGUAAUUCUGAAGUGUCAUUUUGUGGUGGCGCCACGGACACACUCUUUUGUUCAGCUUCGGAAUGGCCGCUGUUUUUCAGUUUUUUCUUUUUUUCCUCGGCUAAUAUUCAAUACGGGAACGCCGCUUACAUUCUGCGUUACACCUAUGUGGCAUGCUUUGCGCCUCAAAUGGUCAUUCUGCUGAGAUUUCACCCCUCACCACUUGCUCUUCUCUCUGGGUGUCUACUACCUUAUUGCGCUCAGCUGGCUGUAGCAGAGGUUUCCCCUCCGACGGACUUACGGCGGACAGAUUGCUCCGCGUCCGACAGUCGCUCCGCUCGGGCCUACCUACACAGCUAGCUCUGCUUAGUCAAAGCUAUCCGCUGGAUAAAAUCUUCAAGGGAUUCAGAAGCACUUCAUGACCUUUGCAGCCUGAAACAACUAAUAUCUGAAGGUCUGGUCCAGGGAUUGUAUGCUGUUCAAACACUUAAGCAUGUGGCCCAUGGGUGCCACAAUCCUGCGACUUCAAAGGAUUUUUUCUCCCAUGGCAUUUUAACAAAGGAACAGUAUCAAAAGUAUCCAAAAAGAAAAACACUUGGAUCACAAGGUCUUUAUUUUCAGGCUAAUCAUAAAUGUGCGGGCCCGCACAGGGAUGUUUUCUGUAAAAGCCUCCUUGGCUGUCUGCGUCCCCUUUUCCCAGAAUAAGUAACUAGACAAGAGAGACUCUCAUGAGCAACUCUGCAGGAGGCCCGAUAACGUCGACAUGAGUAGUACUUUAGGAAAAGAAAAAGAAUCGAAAGAAAAGGACCCUAAAGGUGGUCCAACAGGGAAAGAAAGGGAAAAGGAGGCCAAGGCUCUAGCAGGCUUAGUCAAGGAUGGGGGCAAAGAAACGAAGACCAAAGGGAAAGAUGCCAAAGAAGGAAAGAAGGACACUAGCAGCUCGACACCGGGUGUUGCCUUCUCUGUUGACAAUACGAUAAAGCGGCCAAACCCAGCACCAGGUACACGCAAGAAGUCCAGCAAUGCCGAGGUGAUCAAAGAGCUCAACAAGUGCCGGGAGGAGAACUCAAUGAGAUUGGAUCUAUCCAAACGGUCCAUUCACAUGCUGCCCACCUCCAUAAAGGAGCUGACGCAGCUGGCUGAACUCUACUUAUACAGCAACAAGCUGCAGAGCCUGCCAGCUGAGUUGGGUUGCCUGUCAGGCCUGGUCACUUUGGCCCUGAGUGAGAACUCUUUGACCAGUUUGCCAGACUCCCUGGAUUCACUUAAGAAGCUUCGAAUGCUUGACCUCCGACACAACAAGCUGAGGGAGAUACCUGCUGUUGUCUACCGGCUGACAUCUCUUACCACGCUGUACCUACGAUUCAACCGCAUCACAACAGUAGAGAAGGCCAUCCAAAACUUAUCAAAGCUCACCAUGCUCAGCAUACGGGAGAACAAGAUAAAACAGCUGCCUGCAGAGAUAGGAGAACUGUGCAGCCUCAUAACUCUUGAUGUUGCCCAUAACCAGUUGGAACACCUACCGAAGGAGAUUGGGAAUUGCACACAGAUAACCAACCUCGACCUGCAGCACAAUGAGCUUUUGGACCUCCCAGAAACUAUAGGCAAUCUGGCUAGCAUAAAUCGCUUAGGCCUAAGAUACAACAGAUUGUCAGCCAUCCCCAGAUCAUUAGCCAAAUGUCGAGAACUGGAGGAACUUAACCUUGAAAACAACAACAUUUCAGUGUUGCCAGAGGGCCUACUGUCAAGUUUAGUCAACCUGACCAGCCUAACGCUGGCCAGGAACUGCUUCCAGUCGUACCCUGUGGGUGGACCAUCUCAGUUCUCCACCAUCUACUCCCUCAACAUGGAGCACAACCGAAUCAACAAAAUCCCCUUUGGUAUCUUCUCAAGGGCCAAAGUGUUAAGCAAGCUUAACAUGAAGGACAACCAGUUAACCUCUCUGCCACUGGACUUUGGCACAUGGACGAGCAUGGUUGAGCUGAACCUGGCCACCAAUCAGCUGACAAAGAUCCAAGAAGACAUCUGUGGUUUAGUAUCUUUGGAGGUUUUAAUUUUGUCCAAUAAUCUUCUCAAGAAGUUACCACAUGGUAUUGGGAAUUUGAGAAAACUACGGGAGCUUGACUUGGAGGAAAAUAAGUUGGAAUCUCUACCCAAUGAAAUAGCCUAUCUUAAAGAUUUACAGAAACUGGUGUUGACAAAUAAUCAGUUGACAACAUUACCCAGAGGCAUCGGCCACCUCACCAAUCUCACACACCUGGGUUUGGGAGAGAACCUGCUGCAACACCUUCCAGAGGAGAUUGGUACACUGGAGAACUUGGAGGAGCUGUACCUCAAUGACAACCCAAACCUGCACAGCCUCCCAUUCGAGUUGGCCCUCUGCAGCAAGCUGUCCAUCAUGAGCAUCGAGAACUGUCCCCUCAGCCACCUGCCGCCACAGAUCGUCGCAGGAGGUCCCUCCUUCAUCAUCCAGUUCCUCAAAAUGCAGGGACCAUAUCGUGCCAUGGUCUGAGCCCAGAGCUGCUAGAUCUCAUACCUACUUUAAGUCCAAAACCCUCCACUCCCUCUGCACUCUGACGUCUGCCCGCCCCCAUUAUGUGUAUCAUACACUGUAAAGAAAACAGACGGCCACAAUCAGUGUCGGGGGCAAAAUCUAGGAGGAGGACAUUGAAAAAGUUUCUUUCACCAUCUUUUGGCAGACAUGAGGGGAAUCUGUGGAGACUUGGCUUUUGUGUCUCUCCAGAGUUUAUCACGGCCUUUCUCGGACUCCAGCCAGACACCUGAGCAUAGUUCAUUCCGUAUCAUACAAGAGGAAAUUUUUCCAUCUUUUUGCCAAAACUGAAGAUAUAUAAAGUUCUAUAUAUUGAGUAAUUGUGAGCUAAGUGGCAAGUCUUUGAAACAUAUAAGCCGUGCUCCCAUUGCCAAUGUAUUUACAGUAAUUACAAGCAUCUAUUAUGUGAGCAAGGAUACAAUUGUAUGCAAAAACAAACAAAAAAAAGUCUUUGGAACUUAAUUUACUGCUGCUGCCGUAAUUUUAACUUUGUCAUCUUGUCAUGAUUUUUUUUGAUAUGCCCUUUUUUUUUUUUACAUCACCAUCACUCAAGAUAACUUAUGUUAAUUGCUUCUUGACCAUAGAGAACAAAGGUCUAAUGAUGGGGUGUUUAUAAUUUUUGUGUUUUUUUUUUAAACUGUGCCUAUGUUUAGAGCGAGCCAGUGGUUCACUUCUAAACACAAUUGUCCAUGAGAAUACAAAGAUAUAAAUUAUUUCAAUGAUUCUUUUUUAUUACUGCUGUUUUUACUUUUUUUAAGUGUUUCUUUGCUGUUGUAUCAAUCUGUAAGCAAGCGAUAUCAGUUGUAAAAUAGGGUGAUUGGAGGUCUUUUUAACAAAUAGAAGCAGCAGUUGUCAAGCGUAAAGCUGGUAAUGUUGUACACAUAUGAGAAAUGCCAAUCAUACCUGCUUGAGAAGAUAAAAAAGCAAAUUGGACUUCUCUUUGAGGUGGGCGGUGCUCUGACCCCCAUUGAUAUUUGUGUGGUAAAAGGUAUUGAAAGAGUCAAACAUACAUGGGUGAUGGGAUAAAUGGUUUAGAAGAUGUUUUUUAUACAUGUAAACAGAUCCUGGUUGUUGCCUUGAGUGCAAAUUUUAGUUAUGUUUACUUCUUUGAUAUUAUCUUCAGUGUUGGGCUGCGUAGCUGUCAUUCAGUUGAUCAUUGACCAACAUAUCAAACAUUUUAAAAAGUUGCAUCUCUCAGUGACAUGGUGCGUUUAUCAGAGCAUCCUAAGUUUGAUCAUAAAACAUUGGCAAGUCUUUAUGUUUUAUUUUUCUGUAGUUUCCAAAUUGGACAGGAUCUCCUCAUGAUCUUAAAGGAAAUGUCCCUUAAUUUAGAUUUUUUUUUUAUUUAAAAAUAUCUUCUUUUGUCCCACACUGUCCUAGCAAUGCUGCUGCUCUUAUGCACUUUUUAUACACACAUUGGCAUCCUCUAUAUAAAGAAAACAAACAGUAGCCUCUCAGUGGUUCUCUUGAAGGGGGGCAUUUGGUCUCAUAAAGAAGUAUUUUAUCUGCUUAAAGGUUUAUUAUGUAAAUUUGUAUCCAUUAAAUCUAAAGGUUGAUUUUA